CAGCGCCCGGCGAUUGUUUAAUCCGCGAACUAGACAGGGAUCCGCUAGCGCCACCUUCCCCUCCGCGCCUGCCCAAUUUUGCCCACGCAAAAGACUUCUCUCUCCAUCUCCAUUUAAGGACACUGCCCACCCCACUGCCCUUCGCCCAGCAGCCCGAACUCAGCCUCUUCCUCCCCGUCGCAUCCAACUCUCAUUCAUCACCAUGGCGGACAACGACGCGCAGCAUGAGCACACUUUCGACUCCGCUGAUGCGGGUGCCUCGCAAACCUACCCCAUGCAGUGCUCUGCCUUGAGGAAGAAUGGUUUCGUCUGCAUCAAGAACCGCCCUUGCAAGAUCGUCGAGAUGACCACCUCCAAGACCGGAAAGCACGGCCACGCCAAGGUCCAUCUGGUCGCCAUUGACAUCUUCACCAACAAGAAGCUCGAAGAACUCUGCCCCUCCACCCACAACAUGGACGUUCCCAACGUCGCCCGUCGCGAGUUCCAGCUCCUCGACGUUACUGACGACGGUUUCCUCUCCCUCAUGUCCGACGACGGCUCCACCAAGGACGACGUCAAGGUUCCCGAUGGUGAAGUUGGUGACAAGAUCAACAAGAUGUUCACCGAGGAUGGCAAGGACACCAACGUCAUUGUUCUUACUGCCAUGGGUGAGGAGGCCUGCAUCGACGCCAAGGAGGCUCCCAAAUAAGCGCAUCGCUCAAUACGUAGACUGUUUGGCAGGAAGCAAGGCGCGAAUUCCAAACAGAUUACAAAUGGGGCUGCAACACUCUUUGCAUAUUGCGUGCAAAGUUGUAGCUCUGCGGCAAACGUAGCAUUCUCCCGUGCGAUUUGCACUAGGCGACCAAUGCACGAGGUUCUUCGGACGGUUUUGGGUUCUUUGCAUUGCCAUGUCUGGGAAACGUAUUACGAUUCAUUUCCCUUCCUAGAUAUAUACCUUACGCUUCUGGCAAUGAAUAAAAGGUGAUGACUUUACGGCAAA